AUGCUUCAGCAGGAGCUGACAGACUCAAUUGGGCAAUUAGAGUCGGACCUGCUGGCUUUAGAUAGAGACGCGUCUGGAUCCAUCCCGUGCAGGGAUUUUGCAAGGGUGCUGCUCCGCAAUGGCGGGUCGCGAGAGCAGGUGGAGGCGCUCACUGAGCAGUUUUCGACGGAGGGAAGAGAGUGUGUCCGCUACGCAGCUCUGCUCGACAGUGUGCGUCAAUUGGCGGACGGCAUGACCUCGCCGCCGUUGGCGCGGUGCAAUGAUAGCGGCUCGGCCCCCCGCUCUGCCUUCCUCCUUUCAGAUACGAGCGACACGUUGAGGGGCGCGGGGUCGACCGGGUUUUUGCAUACGAGAUCGCGGGCCUCUGCCACCCGUCCGAUGCCGGUGCGGGAGGGGAACCCUAGAAGGAAUAACCCGCGUCACGGCGCAUUCGUCUCGGCUGGCGACGACAAGGGACCUGAGAGGUUUUACUCCUCACGUGCAUCCACCAGCGUGUACAAACGGACCGGAUUGUUAGCACAGCAGUCCGCGGCAACUCAUCGCUUUGCCAUUUCGCGGCACAGAUCCACUGGUUCAGCGGCGAAUAGACAGGAACAUAGAUCCCCGCCUGUUACGGGCAGUGGCUCAAGGGCGGACAACUUUGUAGAGCGUGUCGUGGGGCGUGCCUCCUCUCCGUCGUACUGCACGUCUUCUGUGGAGCGGAUGCUGCAGACGGCGAGGGAGUGUGCUUUUUCGGGGAGUUUCUCCUCACUGGCGUCGGGGGGCGUGAACGAAUCGGCGUCGCACGGGACGUUGAGUAAGAGGAAAGGCUGUGAAGUCCGGCAGCCAUCAAACAGGGAGAUAACAGGUGUGGGGAAUGCGAGGCAGAUUGGGGUUGAAGGAGCAACAGUCAAACAACCGAACACGGGGGCAAAAAUGAUUAGAAAUAGUACACGCCGAUCCUUGUUUCAGGACACAUACUUGGGCGGCACUGUCCCGCCACAGGACAUAUCGAGAGUAAGCCAUGGAACUUUCAGUUCAUGGCUGGCUGGUCGAGGUGAGUUGAUUUCGCUUCGGGAGAUAUUCCGUGUCAUGGACACAGACCAGGAUGGUAUUCUCUCGCUGCAAGAGGUGUGGAACUCGUUUUCCCACCGUGGCAUUGGCAUUUCACUUCUGGAACUAGAUGCCCUUGCAGAUUCCUUGGAGCUGGACGUUUCUCGUGCGUCCGAUGUUUCUAGUGUUAAUGCCGGUGUUAGUGGUGACCGCGUAUUAAACGUGGCUGACUUCUGCAUGCUCGUGUCACGCAUGCGCUCCAGCCUCAUUGAGCGUAUUCGCCGUGCGGAGCUUUGGACCGCGGUUGCCCAGGAGUGCUCGCCCCCACCGGUUCCACCAGCAGAGCAUGCUAUAGACAGCGGCAGUGAGGGGCCUGAGGAGCAUUGUCGUCAGGGCGCAGAGAACGUCGCGGCAAUGCGGCGCAAUCAGUUGCCAUUGAUGAAGCCAGCGUUGUACGACUUAACGUCGGCGUCUCAGUCGCCACUGUCGCCCCCGUCGCCGUCUUCACCGCCUGCUGAAGUGGUAUACGGCCCCAAACAGCAGGUGUUGUUGCACACGGACGUCAAUAGCUUCAGCCCUCCACCGAGUGUGCACACAAGCGUGGCUGUCCACCAGGUGGUGGGGUCUAGUUCGGCCAGCACCCCGCUGGGGCGCGGCACGGUAGCUGCGGCAGCGGAGCAUCAACACCUUUCUGGCUCCCCUAUCUCCGUUUCCCCCUCACCUGAAAUGGAGGAACCGUUCAGAGCGCGUAUGACACCCACGCCUGGUGCAACAAUACCGUCACCCCCUCGUCGCUCAAAUACCGUCAGGGCAUCGGAAGUAACCCCCUGGCUGGACAGGCAGCAGGACUCUGUUUUGGUGACCGCCUCAAUGUCGCAGAGCCCACAUCCGUACGACCUGCCGAUAGAACGCGGGCUUAAACAGGAAAUUAAACUGAGUUUGCCACAGCCGUACUCACAUGCUGCUGUGGACCGUGCUGGAGUGCGACUGACGGGCAUUCAGGGUGUGCAGCCCGCUCCAUCCACGACAUGCACCAGAAACGCCGGCAAGGCGACAGGCUUGGUUAAUAACGACUACGCAAUGCUUCACAAUGAAAUAAUUGCGCGACAAAAGCAACGCAUGGAAGAAGACGAGUUUCUUAGACAACUGGAACAAGAGUUUCAGGAGAAGUACGGCAAUCUUAUAAGUGAGGGGAGCGUUGAGCGGACGGAAGAGGAGGAGGAGCGUUCACCGCCCCCGGUGAAUCACCAGGUCGAGACCAGCGAGACGAGGCCGUCAAACGCAAUCAUGCAUGGUGCGGCAAUGAACACUCCCAGAGAGGCAAGGAGGACGCGAUCUGCUUCUUUGUCUGUGGGUAAUGAAUUCUCUCCGGGUGGAGGAGCGUCAGAUGACAGCCGUGUGGGUGGAAGUUUGCUAAGACCGACCGCUUCCUCGCGGGCGCAUGCGCAGGAUAAGAAAUUUGUAUACUGUCCACCCAGGCGUGCUGCAUCGUUGAGCCAUGUUCGGGGCGCACUUAUUUGGAAGACGGGCACGCAGGUGAGGGAUGGAAACACCUUCGUAGACCCCACGCUUAGGAGACGAAGCCUCAGCGGCGGAGAGGAGCCCGUUUCCAUGCGUGCACGGCGCCACACCGUUGACAGGAAACGUCAACAGCAGCAGAGGUCACAUGCUGCAAGCCCCGCCGUUGCCCAUACGACUAUGUUUCGCGGUGAAAAAGGGAAACUAGUACAGGGCGGAGACACACGGAGUGGGCGGCUGUUACCCUUACCCAGAAACGGUGUAUCUGCAUUGAUGCAUCACCAUCACUCCGGCGGUGCGGCGGAUAGGCCCUUGUCGGGUCUCUUGGGCAGGGAAGGGCCUGGUGUGGUGCGCGUUUCGCUUGUUGCUUCCUCAGGAGGCGGCGGGAGCACCUCUGGGGUCUCUUCGGAAGUAGCACGGAGCACCUCUGAGGGUGCGGACGCGCGUGCACAGAGACACAAUCCGCCAAUGCCUGGGAUUCCACCACGCCCACCAACCCACACGAGUGCGUUGGAAGACGAUGCGGGCGGUGCCAACGAGGCCCACCCUCUGGAGCUGCCGCAGGAGAUUUCGGUAAAACUCUACGGGAGAUGCUCUCAGCUGCUUUCACUUUGCACAAACUAUGAUCGAUUACAUGACGGGUAUGUAUCGCCCAAGGAACUUGGCCGCGCUCUUUACACGGUUGCACCGAACUUGACGGAGGGUGAAAUUAACGCGUUGGUGCGUGUGGGGAUCGCCAAUGGGGGCGAUGGAGCCCGUUGUCAUUACACUUCGCUUGUUGGUACACUUGUGGUGCAGGAAAGCUAUGUGGGUCUCCGCGAUGGAGCCGCGUCCGAUGACGAGACUCCCACAAAGGCAAAAACCAAAGUAUCGCCGAAGGGGCCGUGCCGCGCCGUAGCAGCGUUGCCUGCCUCAGAACCACUGAUGAACCCUGCCACCCCACGCGUCACGUCUCGGCAUGUCGUGGAGAAUACCGAGGAAGUCACACUUGAGGAGCGUGUACGGAAGGGGCGACUGAAAAUGAGACGACUGUUGCGCGAGGAGCUGCUUGGCGCCUGCGAUGGCGAUUACCAUCGACUGCGUGAGGCCUUCUUCGCUUACGACGACAUUCGCACCGGCUUCCUUGAGGAGAAGGUCUUGCGAAAGUGUCUUGUGGAGCUGUUUCGCACCGCGCAACGGGUCAUACCUUCCUGGGUGAUGGAUCGCUGCAUUCGAAUGUGUCGCACACCGUUUGAGCGCGAGAUGAGUGCCACCACCCAUGACGACAGUGACGCCAAUGAUGGCAUGAGUGUACCCAAAGGGAGAAAAACGGUUGCUGCCGCGGUAAUGGUACCUCCACCCGAAUCUCCUGAGGAAGCGGCUGCACGGUGCCGCGUGCACGGCAUCCCAAAGUUGUUGUGGAGUGUCUUGUGCGAUUAUCGCUAUAUGCUGGAGGAGUUGCGUCUAUAG